AUGCCUACUCCGGAUUAUGAGAAAAACAUCCUACCGCAGUGCCAAGGCGUUGCAUCCAUCGCAAAGGAACAGAAUGCAGCAUUCACCCAAUACUACUUGAACAAAGGCCAGGUCGUCUACCACAAUGUUCCUGGGGAACAACGCCUUGACGACUUGUACGGUCAAUUGACAAGCUUGGCCACUCCGCUCGGGAAUGUAACACCGGACAAGCAAAAGAAAGCCGGAAUCAUAAGUGCCCUCGAUCGAUAUGACUCGAAGAAAGUCCGCGCAGGGAUUGAGCUUGUGGAAGCCAUGGGCCGAUCGACGCAGCCCAAAUCUCCCAAGGACGCUGCGAAUUGGUUUGGUGAAACCCAAGUCAUUCUCAAUGGCCGUGUCAAGGCUCUACGGGAAACGCUCGCGAUCUGGAAUCCAUAG